AUGUCGUCUGUUUGGAAAGAAAUUCUGGAUGAGUUUGAUCUCUGGAUGUCAGAUGGAUGUGCCUUCAAGAAAUAUGGCAUUUUGGUUGCUGAGAAUAUUCUGCCUUUGAAAGAUGGUUGGUUUUCUUGCUCGGUGAUUGCCCCUGAGGGUAUCAGCAGUUCUUGCAUUGCCAGAGAUUUCAUGCGGUUUCAUGAUGACAGGCCUUCUCAUGAGGCCACCAUGAUUUGGAAUGUUGAAUGGUCGCAGCCCUUGCCUGAAGUGAAGUACAUGAUUUGCGGUGUUGAUGUCUGCCCGGAUAACAUCCUUGCAGAUUUUGAGGUUCCGAAAAGUGCCAUUCCAUUGCCCUUGCUCCAAGCAAGUGUCAUGCCAGUGAACGUGAUUGAGCUUUUUUCAGGGGGUUUGGGAGGUUGGAAAACUGCAUGUAACUUCCUGCAUGAACAUGAGAAUGUUGCUUUCAAAGUGCUUGCCGUUGAAAUUGAUAUCGAAGCAGCCUUCACGUAUGCAGUGAGCCAUUCAGUUCCUUUGAUCAGUGGAAAAACGCACCUGGACCCAGCAUUGGCACAGCAGCACUCACACCUUGUGGUGCAUGCAGAUGUAGCUGGAGAUACUUGGUUGAGUCUUGGUAGUGCUUGGUGCCCAGACAUUGUUGCGAUUUCCUCACCAUGCCCGCCUUGGAGUUCAGCAGGUUCAUCCUCAGGUCUCUACUCAGAAGAAGGCCAAUUGUUGAUCCGAUCGAUUGCAAUCUGCAAGUUGCUCCGUCCACGGGCAAUAGCACUUGAGCAGGUAAGUGCUUUUGCGUCACAUGAGCACUUUCACUACGUGGUGCAAACCUUGAGAUGGGCUGGUUACCAAUUAUACCAUGCUCAGGUCUUGGAUGCAUCCGACAUUCUUCCCAUUGCCAGGUCCAGAUGGCUUGCCAUUGCUUUGAGAGUGAAUGAUGAUGGAGUGAGCCACAUGCCUUUCCAGGGUUGGUACCCAGUUGAAGCUCAAGUGCCCAACACAUGGGAUGUCAUUUUGCAAGAACAGUUUUUGCAUGAUGCACGUCUAUACCCGAAGUCCGAUGUCCUGUCCUUGUCUGCCAGACAUGACCUUUUGCCUCCUGCGAAGCGCAGGGUAGUGUCCAAAGAACAUGUGCUUGCUUCCAGAUGCUAUGACGGAACAAUCAAGAUCCCGACAUUGAUGGCAUCAUAUGGGUCCCAACAUUGUUUGUCCGACGCAUGGCUCAGUGAGAAGGGAUUGAUGAAUCAUUUCUUCCGCCAAGUUGGAAAAAAUCCAAGAUACUGGCACCCAGUUGAAUUGUGGCUGAUGCAUGGGGCUCAUGGACAGCAGUUUUUCAUGAAAGAUUGGGUCAAGGCGUACAGGCAUGUCGGUAAUCAGAUUUGCACUCCUCAUGCCCUGUUGAUUAUCACGAACAUUCUCAACUGCUUGGAUAAAGUGCCACAAGGUUUUGAUGCAUCAGAGGUCAUCCAGGACUUCAUUUCCAGCAGGAACAAGGCAUCCGAAAUUGCUGUCACUGAAACACAGGCAGGUUUCCUUGCACACAACGCACACAAGAUCCUUUCCGACGAACAGAAAAGACACAUUGAGAACUUCCAGUCUGGUUUGUAUGAUGGAACGAUCCCACACGACAUGUUUUGGAAUUUGAACGGAUUCCAAUCUUGCAAUGCCAUCAUACUGGAUGACACAGUGGAUCUUGCCCUGACUGCACCCAUGCCAAUUUUUGAGAAGGUCACCAUUUGCACCGCUGGAUUGACAUUCGAAGUUUUCAUCCAAGAUGGAAUUCCCUGCGAAAUGGCCUUGCAGCUUUGGGAUCAUGCCUUCCAAGACUUAGAGUGCUUCGAAAAACAAGAUGCAGUUGCAAAAGUUUGGGUGCCCACUGACAAUUGGCAAGAGUCACAUGAUGCCACUCCGAACUUGUGGGUCGUCAUACAUGAAAAAUGCUUGUACGUUGCAAAGCCAUCAGAAGAAACAGUGUCAUGGUUUCUGGAAAAGGGAAACGGGAUCUACGUUGACACACUUGGCAACCCCAUGAAUUUGCCAGGUUUUGCUGGAGCUCUCACCACUGCAGGAUUUAGCCUGAAGUCAAUGCCCUUUGUGCCAUGCAACAUUGCACGCUUUGUGCUUGCCAAUCAAUUCUGCAGUAUGCAAGUGAUCAAUGAACAGCACAAGUUCCAAGUCACUGCAAUCAUCCAGGGACCAUGGGAACAUCGUGUCAUUGUGGCCGAAUUCUGGGCGAACCUUUUCUCAAAGAAUGCACUUGAUGCCAUUGGUGUGUCCCUCACAUGCAAUCACCAGAGCAACUGCACAGCAUUGAUUUGGACAGUCCAAGAUGCCAGAUGCCCAUUGCCGGUGCAAUCCCUUUUGACUGCCAUGUUUUCCAAAGCUGGAUACUGCCUUUUCUCCAAAUUGCAGGACUUGACAGGGCGCCACAUCCGAAUCAAAGUCUUUGGUAACGUGAUUUGGGAAGGUAAAUUGCCGAUCAAGUUUUCAGUUGCCACUUUGAAGCAAUGUUUGCACGCCAUCACAUGUCUUGUGUCAGGUAACUUGCAGUACCGAAUGAUUCAAGGGGGUAAGCAACCUGCGCCAGAGUCCACGAUUGAACAACUUGCCCAAGACAAUCCUUCCAGCAGGCUGACAUGUCACUUUGUUCUGCAGAUGAAUGGAGGGGGUUCCGAAAAUGGAACAAAGGCAGGUCACAGGACUCAGAUCAAAAAUGCCAUUGCAGGUGUUCUCUUGGAAGAAGGAUAUGACCUUGCAUGGACCUCGAAGUCCGUAGACCAGAUGAUGACGAAAAUUGGCACCAAAGAACUUUCCAAGUUUCUGCAAGUUGAGACCUCCAAGAAAGUUUUUGCAGCCAUGGAUUUCUUGCGUAGCUGUGACAUAGACAUUCCGAAGAUCAACACGGCAAAAUCUUCCCAAGUUGCAGCCAAUGCCAAGAAGAAGAGAUUCACUUCCAUGCCAGAUCCUGCCAAUUACACAGUCUUGGAUGGUGUUUUGGUGAAUGAAAACGAUUCCCCUUGUGCUCACAUUCCCAAGUUUGGGGGUCAUCAACAGGGAUAUCAUUUGUGCACGCCAGCAGUGGCUUUGCCAUGGUUGCGUCAAGGAGACAUCCUAUCCAGGGACGAGUUGGCACUUUUGAUUUUUGGGGAUUUGCCAGUUACCACAAGAUUGGCCCAUGAACAUGUCACUGUACCUUGCCAAGAUGAAAAAGGCCGCCAGGUCUUAGUCGCCGGAGUGUUGGUUCAAUGUGGUGACAAACAGGUCAAGAUUGUACAAGGUGACGGUUACAAGGUGGACACCGAUGGAACCAUCCUUGCAGCAGUCACUUGGAGAAAAAGUGAUUGGCCACAACAAUGGACCGAGAUCUGUGCAAACCCAUACAAAUUCCUGAAGAGCUUCCCUGGAGUGUCCGAUCUUUUGGUUUCUGUUUGGGGUAAAGCCUAUAGACAGGGCAAAGCACAGGCCACUGCCAACAAUGCCAACUCCGUACAAGUGCACUGUCUUUUCAAGGAAGAUAAGUUUGCCGCUUUCCUCAAAUUAUCCGGAUUUAACAUGCUCUGGUUAUCUCCCAAGACGAAGGAGGGUAAGCCACAUCCGGCAUGGCGCAUUCUUUGGCUUGAUUCCAAUUUGGACAUGCAAGCUGCCACUGCAUUGGCAGCAAAAAUCCAUGACAGUGCAGGGCUUGUGUGCCUAUCUGAAAGGUAUGCCAUCCGAGUGCCAAAGAACAGUUAUGCAGAGGCAUGGGCAAUCAUAUACCCAUCAAUCCCAGUGCCAUUGGAAAUGGAUACGUCCAGAAUUUUCAAACUUGAGAGUCUCCCUUUUGGAGUUACAUCCACUAUGCUUACAGCAUGGGCAGAACACAUCAGUUGGCCAUUGAAGCCCUUGAGGGCAGUAGGUCCGAGAGCAUGGCUGAUAGGAACGGGACAGGAUCCCCCAUCCACGCAGCUUCAUUUCAACAGCUCCCCGAUUCUUGCCAGAGAAUUGAACAGCAAGCCGCAGGCCUUCAAUAAUCCAAUUGUGGCUGGCCCGCGACCUUCCAAGCCAAGUCAUGCAGCUGCGAAUCAGGACAACUACCAACUGAUUGGGGACCCCUGGGCAAACUGGACAGGUCCCAGACCAACUGCACCAGCGGCGCCCAUUGCAGCUUCUACUACGAUUGGCCCAACAGAGCAGCAAUUUGCCCAGCAAGCUGACCGGUUGAACAAACUGGAGACAGCCAUGCAAGAAAUGCAAACAGGUCAGAAGAAGCAAGAGAUUGUGAUGGAAAAGAUCCAGAAGGAGCAGGUCAAUCGAGAUCAAGAGGUGCGUCAACAAAUUGAUGACAAAUUUGCCGCCAUGAAACAUGAGAUUGACAAGACGUUCCAGAACGCUCUGAACAUGCAAGCAUCUCAGUUCAAUGCCAACAUGGAGGAGAUCAAAGGUCUUCUCAGGGAAAGGCCGAAAAGGAAGUCCAAGACGGAAGGAAUGCAGUUGUUGAAGCGAUCCAGUCCAGUCUUCUUCGCCCAGCCGGGUGUUGGCUAUGUCUUGGAAGAAACAUGGUUGGCCACGCACAGUCCCGUCAUGUUCCAGCUGUCUUUGCCGGGUCCUGUCUUGUUUGCCAAACACAUCCGUUUUCCCAAGUCUUUUGUCGAACUUGACAUUGCUGACCAGCACUGGGAUAACAUGGUUGACGUUUCGGGGGCCUUGCAAAAUGCUAGCAGCAUCCAAGAAUGGGGAGAAGCAGUUGAAAACAACAUCGACAAAUACCUGCGUCAAGGGGUGGGUUCAGUUCUUCAGUUUACAAAGUAUCAUCUUGAAAUUUCUUUGAAAGAAGAUGCAAAAAUUCAGAAGAAUAAGCUUGAAUAUCUUAGAUUCCUGGAUGCCGCCAACCAUAACAAAGCAGCUUAUGCCACGGUGAGGGGCCCCGGCAUGCCCCGUGUCCAUGAAAUUGGGCGGGUUCAAACUUGUGAAGCCAUUGCAGUGCCAAGUGACGAUGGUCACGAACACUCCCUCUAUAUGGACUCAAUCGAAACGGAAAAAUUCUCCAUGGACUUCCCUUUGGCCAUAGGUACUGACAAGAUCAGCGCUCAAGAGUUGCUCUGGGCAGCAGUUAUGACUGCGGAGAUCACAAAAGUUUUGUGCACUUGGAUUCCACAUGACAUCACUGGUCUCUUGCCAAGGCAACUUUUGGUCGUUUGGAUGGCUUCAAUCCAAGCCCUCACUCGCCACUGGCUCCUGAACAAUCAAGUCAUCACUGCAGGCACUUUGCAGCAAGUAUGCGGCCCUGCAUCAGCCCUUGCGUUCAUGCUGAGCCAACUGUGCUUAAUGGAUUUGCUGACUCCAAACGAUGGAUGCUCAUCAGAGAGAUCUCAGGUAGGUUCCAGUUUUUCAGCAUUAACGGUCAUUCUUGAUUUGUGCCAAUCAGAUGAUGAACGAUGCCUAGUUGCUGAUCAGUUCCGUGACUCUCCAGUGAACGUGCCAUCAUUGCAGAUAGCAUGCGUGGCCAGAAGCCAAGGGGAACAGGACAUUCUCCGUGCAGAAACCUGGGCCAUCCUGGCCAUUGCUGAAAAUGUAGGGUCUGGGGUUGUUCAUUCAGAUAGCCAAACUGCAAUUAAUAACGCCCGUAAAGCCCUCACAGCUUUUUCUCCUAGUGACUUUGCCACUUGUGAACACAUGGACUUGCUUUGCCGUCUCUGGCAAAUUCGACAUGAUGUGAAUCUGGAGCUUGUCAAGGUCAAAGCUCACCAAUGCAUCCGUACCAUUCCCGACCCUUUGUUGCGGUAUUGGGCUAUGGGGAAUGAUUUUGCAGACAGUACAGCACAGCAUGCAUGCCUUUACAUGAUGCCAGAUUUUGUCAGCACAAUGCAGAGGAAACAUGCAGAGGUUUCCAAGGAUCAGAAAAACCUUGAGAUCGUUUGCUGUUUACAUGUGGAACUGCAAGAAGCUCGUGCCAAAGCCACGAUACAAAACCCGGAAGAGAAUCAGGUAGUUCAACAUGAUCACCGUGCCAUUUGUGAAGCUUACAGUAACUGGACAAUCAACAGGACUCCUUAUGUUUUCCCAGAGGCAGACCUACAGUUUGUUGCAGACUGUGCAUUUGGUAAUGAGAUUGCGCUUGAGACCUACGAAUGGAUGAAAAAGUUAACCUGGCCUUCCACUGAUGAUGGUCCUUUGGGUUUCAAUACGGGGGCUUUAAAGGAUGCCAGCGUCUAUCCACGAGAAUCCGUGCUCGGCGAGAAGGAUGCAUGCGGUGUAGGCAUGAUUGCCAACAUGGAAAAAGCUGCGAGCCACGAACUGUUAGAAGUUGCGCUUCGCGCCCUAGCAUGCAUGGAGCACCGUGGGGCCUGCAGCGGUGGCAUGGACAGCAGCCUGGCAACAUUCUGCCCCUUGGUGUCCCGAUAUGGGCAAGCCCGCGGGCUCUGUGGUGGUGACGACAGUGGCGAUGGGGCCGGAGUCAUGACGCAGAUCCCGUGGGAGCUCUUCAGCGCCGAUGUCAAUCUGCCGGAAGACAAGAGCUCCUGUGCAGUGGGGAUGCUGUUCCUCUCCAAGGAUCGUGAUGUGCGCAUCGACGCCAAGAUGAAAUUGGAGACGUCUCUUUUGCAGGAAGGCUUUGAUCUGCUGGGCUACAGGAUCGUCUCGGUGGACUCGACCGUGCUUGGAGAGAGAUCUGCACAGACAGAACCAUGGAUGGAACAGAUUUUUGUGUCGCAUCCAGAGGCCAAGGGGCCAGAGAUGGAGAAUCUCUUGUACAUCGCCAGGAAAAAGGUGGAAGACAUCCUCUCCUAUGAUGAGCUUUAUGUGGCAUCGUUAUCUCCAAAAACCAUUGUCUACAAGGGGAUGUUGAAAUCAUCUGCCAUGGUGCGCUACUACAAGGAUUUGCGGGAUCCACGCUUCAAGGUGCAGUAUGCCCUGUGGCACCGGCGAUUUAGUACCAACACCAUGCCGCGCUGGCCAUUGGCCCAGCCAUUCCGUUACCUGGGCCACAAUGGGGAGAUCAACACCAUCCAGGGCAACUACAACUGGACGCGGGCGCGGUCUGGAUCCUUUGAGCACCCCAAUUUCGGGUAUCGAAUGCGUGAGGUGCUGCCUCCAUGCCGGGCGGAGAACAGCGACUCAGGGAACAUGGACUGUUAUUUGGAGCUGAUGCUCCGCUGUAACCGAGAGUUGCCAGAAGCACUCAUGAUGAUGAUUCCGGAAGCGUACAAGGUCCAUGCAUUGAAGUCCCAAUGUUUGCUGGAUGAACUGCCCAGGUAUUGGGGCGCCCUACAGGAGGCCUGGGACGGUCCUGCAUUGGUGGCCUUCUGCGAUGGCGAGUACAUGGGUGCGAGCCUAGAUCGAAAUGGCUUGAGGCCAGCGCGCUAUUUUCAGCUCCAUGAUGGCACCUGUGUGGUGAGCUCGGAGACUGGCAUUUUGGAGUCCAAAAUCUUCCCACCCGACAUGUUCAAAUCCAAAGGGAGGCUGGGGCCUGGCAAGAUGGUGGCCAUCGACUUGCACACAGGUGAACUCAUUGAGAACGAAGCAGUGAAGCAAAAGAUGGCCUUCAAGAAGCCGUACGGUGAUUGGAACAAGGAACGGGCGAAGUUUUGUUCUGAUCAUGUCCAGACCGGGCAGCACGGGGACCGGGGCACGAGCAAGGCCAUGGAAGAGAAUCUGCUGACUCUGCUCUUCGACAUGGGCUACACCAUUGAGGACGUGGAAAUGGUGGUGGAAACAAUGGCUCAGACAGGAAAGGAACCCACCUUUUGUAUGGGAAACGACAAACCUCUGGCAGUACUCUCCAAUCGUGCCCAUGUGCUCUAUGACUACUUCACCCAGCGCUUUGCACAGGUAACGAACCCUGCCAUCGAUCCCUACCGGGAAUCUUUGGUGAUGUCCAUCGAGGUUUACCUGGGACGACAAGGUAAUUUGAUGGCAGAAAGCCCGACGUAUUUCCAGAACAAGGCCAACAAUCGAUUGGUAAAGAUUGACUCGCCAUUCCUCAACGAACGACAGCUCUAUGCCAUCAAGAACAGUGGCCUGCUGACGGUUCAGCUCAGCACCAGAUACGACUUCAGCAAAGGACCCGGAGCUUUGGAAAAGGCGGUGUCCGACAUUUGCUACGAGGCAUCGAAUGCCAUUCGCAAUGGUGCGGAGCUCAUCAUUUUGUCGGACGUGCCGCGGAACUCCGACUUCUUAGCCUUCGACCUGGAGGACCCGGAUAUCGGUUUGGAGAAGUCGGUGCUGGCGAUACCACCUCUACUGGCCGUGGGUGCCGUGCAUCACUACCUCAUACAGCAGGGCUUACGCACGCAAGCAUCCUUGGUGGUGAGCACGGGCCAAUGCUGGAGCACACAUCAUUUUGCUUGCUUGAUUGGCUAUGGUGCAUCGGCAAUUUGUCCGUACCUGUCUCUUGCGCACAUUCGCAGAUGGCAUGCAACUGACAAAGGUGCUGCCAAAGCGGAUGGACAGUUCCUGAAAUCGCCAUUGGGGACUUCCAAGGAUGCGGUGAAUGCAGGUCUGAAGAAGAUCAUGUCCAAGAUGGGCAUUUCGGUCCUGGAGUCCUACCGUGGGGCGCAGAUCUUCCAGUGCAUCGGCUUAGACAAGAAGGUCAUCGAACGAGCCUUCACAGGUACCCCUUCAACCUGUGAAGCCCUUGGCUUUACCGACAUCGCCAAUGAAUCCAUGAUGUUCCACCGUCGCGCCUUUCCAGAACUCGAUGAUACGCCGGUGGCUGAGAAGUUGGAAUUCGCCGGGUGGUACAAGUAUAUCAAGGCCAAAGGUGAAUUCCACAUGAACAAUCCUGAGAUGGCGAGGGCUUUGCAUCGCGCCGUGCGCGACAAUGAACCCUUGGCCUACGAGGAGUACCGACGUCAGAUCAUGGACGGCCGCCCCGUGACCGCCAUCCGCGACCUCUUGGACUUCAGCUCAGAUCGGCAGCCGGUGCCGCUGGCCGAAGUGGAAGAUGCCGUCUCCAUUUGCAGCCGCUUCGUGACGGGCGGAAUGUCCUUGGGCGCUUUGUCCCGGGAAGCGCACGAGGUGAUCGCACUGGGGAUGAAUCGAGUUGGAGGGAUGAGCAACAGUGGUGAGGGUGGAGAGGAUCCUCUUCGCUACAAGCCCCUUCAGGACGUGGAUGAGGACGGGCAUUCUGCAUCCUUCCCGCAUUUGCAGGGUCUGAGAAAUGGCGAUUCCGCUACUUCGGCCACCAAGCAGGUGGCUUCCGGCCGGUUUGGCGUGACGGCAGCGUACCUCCGGAGUGCAAAGCAGCUGGAGAUAAAGAUCGCGCAAGGGGCGAAACCGGGUGAAGGUGGACAAUUGCCGGGCCCAAAGGUGGAUGAAUACAUCGCCCGGCUGCGAAAUAGCGUGCCUGGAGUGGAACUCAUUUCACCGCCGCCGCACCACGACAUCUACUCCAUCGAGGACUUGGCGCAGCUGAUUUUUGACCUGCACCAGGUGAGUCCGGAGGCCAAAGUCUCGGUGAAGUUGGUGGCCAACGCAGGCAUUGGCACCAUCGCCGCCGGCGUGGCCAAGGCGAAUGCUGACGUGAUCCAAAUUUCUGGACAUGAUGGUGGCACUGGUGCUUCGCCCUUGAGCAGCAUCAUGCAUGCUGGUGGCCCAUGGGAGCAAGGACUUUGCGAAGUUCAAGAUGUCCUGGUUGACAACGGCCUCCGCGAACGUGUGACGCUGCGAGUGGAUGGCGGUAUCAAGACUGGCUGGGACAUUGUCGUGGCGGCCAUGAUGGGUGCGGAGGAGUUUGGCUUCGGCAGUGUGGCCAUGAUUGCGGAGGGAUGUAUCAUGGCAAGGGUAUGCCACAUGAACCGAUGUCCCGUGGGCGUUGCCACGCAGAGGGAAGACCUUCGAAAGAAGUUCCCCGGGACCCCAGAGCAUGUGGCGAAUUUCAUGCUCUUUGUGGCUGAAGAAGUUCGCACCAUCAUCGCAGCGCUGGGUUUCCGGUCCCUGGAGAAAGUCAUCGGGCGCUGCGACCUGCUCCGUCCGCGCGCGGAGGGCGCGCUGCGGCGCAACGUGCCGCAGCCGGCGCUGGCGUCCCAGCCGAAGGCGACGGCGGGGCGAAGGCCAAAGAAGUUGGCGAAGACCUCGGUCGUGAAUUUGGAAAGUUUCUACGCAGAAGAGAGGCCCAAUGAGGAGAAUCGAGCCUCAUGGGUGGGCGCUAAACGCAGGAUGCCCGCGCAUAGCAAUGGUUGUGUGCUGGACGACGACAUCUUGGGUGAUACCUCGGUGGCCAAGGUCCUGGAAGAGAACGCGGGGCGCGUCCAGAAAUCCAUGGAGAUCAGGAACACCGACAGAUCCUUGGGUGGCCGCAUUGCGGGGACCAUUGCGGCGAAGUAUGGUGACCACGGUUUCCAAGGCGCAGAUCCAAUAGAUCUGCUGUAUUUGUUCAGAACCACAAAAUGGUCAUGAUCAUUUACUGUAUUCAGUGAUUC